AUGCGUUCUGAAGUUAAGAGGUUAUUAAACGAAAGCCGAGAAAACUAUUUCCGUGAAAUUGACAGCAGCUUUAGAGUCAACCCAAAGCGCAUGUGGUCAGUACUUAGACAAAAGUCCAAGUCAUGUAGCAUCCUGGAUCGUAUCUCUAUGGCUGCAGUAACCACCACCAGUUCUUCCGAUGGUCAACCUGGUUCUCUUCAUGUUUCCCAUGGCGACCAAUCCGACCAAUCGCCAAGACCAACUGCUGCAAACCUUGUUGAAAUAGCUACAUUCUUCAAUACCUACUUCACAUCUGUGUUUUCAUCUGAAAACCUCCCUGACGAACUUCCUACCGAAACAGAGGUCCUCCAGUUUUAA